GAGGCGGCGCCGGGCAUGGGCAGGGGACGCGGCGGCCCCACGGCGGGGGCAGCGGGCGGCGGGGGCGGAGGCGGCGGCAGCUAGCGCCCUGCCCGGCGCCGCCUCCCUCGGCGCGCUCGCCCGGCGGGACCCGCAGGCGGCGGACCGGCCCCAGGUGGUGGAGAGUUGGGGAGAAUCCAGAGGACACAUCGUCAUCAUUUCCUCCUUUACCUUCUUGCUGCCGAGGCUGCCUUCAAAGGCUCUGCCUCCCUGGAGGAACCGCUCCCGGUGACCCAGGCUCAGCACUAAGACGCUGUCAUCACAGGUUGCGUUUCCAGAACCAUCUAAGCAAGAUGGUAGACACAGAAAGCCCGAUUUGCCCCCUGUCCCCCCUCGAGGCUGAUGAUCUGGAGAGCCCAUUAUCCGAAGAAUUCCUGCAAGAAAUGGGAAACAUCCAAGAGAUUUCUCAAUCCAUUGGGGAGGACAGUUCCGGAAGCUUCAGCUUUACAGAAUACCAGUAUUUAGGAAGUGGCCCGGGAUCAGAUGGAUCUGUUAUCACAGACACCCUCUCACCAGCUUCGAGUCCCUCGUCGGUCACUUAUCCGGUGGCUCCAGGCAGUGCCGAUGAACCUUCCAGCGUAGCCCUGAACAUUGAAUGUAGAAUCUGUGGGGACAAAGCCUCAGGCUACCAUUACGGAGUUCACGCGUGUGAAGGCUGCAAGGGCUUCUUCCGGAGAACCAUCCGACUAAAGCUGGCGUAUGACAAAUGUGACCGUAGCUGCAAGAUCCAGAAAAAGAAUCGAAACAAGUGCCAAUACUGUCGUUUCCACAAGUGCCUUUCGGCUGGGAUGUCCCAUAACGCAAUUCGUUUUGGACGGAUGCCAAGGUCUGAAAAAGCAAAACUGAAAGCGGAAAUUCUCACAUGUGAACACGACCCAGAAGAUGCUGAAACAGCGGAUCUGAAAUCCCUCGCCAAGAGAAUUUACGAGGCCUACCUCAAGAACUUCAACAUGAACAAGGUCAAGGCCCGGGUCAUCCUGGCGGGGAAAGCCAACAACAACCCGCCCUUUGUCAUACAUGACAUGGAGACACUGUGCAUGGCCGAGAAGACUCUGGUGGCCAAGUUGGUGGCCAACGGCAUCCAGAACAAGGAAGCAGAAGUCCGCAUCUUCCACUGCUGCCAGUGCACGUCCGUGGAGACGGUCACGGAGCUCACGGAGUUCGCCAAGUCCAUCCCUGGCUUUGCAAACUUGGACUUGAACGACCAAGUCACUUUGCUGAAAUAUGGAGUUUAUGAGGCCAUAUUUGCGAUGCUGUCUUCUGUGAUGAAUAAAGACGGGAUGCUGGUGGCAUAUGGAAAUGGUUUUAUAACUCGUGAAUUCCUAAAGAGCCUAAGGAAACCGUUUUGUGAUAUCAUGGAACCUAAGUUUGACUUUGCGAUGAAGUUCAACGCGUUGGAGCUGGACGACAGUGAUAUUUCCCUUUUUGUGGCUGCUAUAAUUUGCUGUGGAGAUCGGCCGGGCCUUCUCAACGUGGGACACAUUGAAAAAAUGCAGGAGGGCAUCGUGCACGUGCUCAAACUUCACCUGCAGAGCAACCAUCCAGACAACAUCUUCCUCUUCCCAAAGCUCCUGCAAAAAAUGGCAGACCUCCGGCAGCUGGUCACCGAACACGCGCAGCUCGUACAGGUCAUCAAGAAGACGGAGUCUGAUGCCGCCCUGCACCCGCUGCUGCAGGAAAUCUACCGGGACAUGUACUGACGGCUGCGAAGCGAACGGCAAAGCGCGCGGCUCUCCGAGGGUCUUUCCGAGGCGACAGCCCUACUACGCGAGAAGCGGGAGCCAUGCCCACUUUGCACAAAUUCCUCCGUUCUCACCUUAGAGAAGGGGACGAAAGCUCUGGUAACCGGAACCCUAGUCCGCAUUUCUCUCUCUCUCUCUCUUUUUCUUUCACACCAGGACUUCUCAGAGCGUGCCCAGUACUGAAAAGCUGGUGACAAGUGGCUAAGAUGCAGUUCUUGGGAAGUCAAGGGGAGUGAUGCGCAGCGGUCUGGCUUUGACUCACCGGUGUUAGUGCAGAUUUCUUCAUGUCGCGUUAGCAAUUUACUGUCGGAUUGACUGGUGACCUCGACAUACGUGGUCGGCCUCCUCUUUUCCCCCCCUUUUGACUCUUGUGCUCCUGUAUCGUUUUGAAAACUAAUCGGCACUUUUUAACUUUUAUGAUCCUGUAAAUCUAGAGGAACCCAAAGGUUAGGUAUGUAAAAAGCGGUAAAAUAUUUAUUGGGAAGGUGUUAAUUCUGUGUCCCGCGUUUGAGGAAAGACAGCAUGCUGGUUUUUAAUCGGAGGAUUUAAAGUUUCCGAGAUAUGCCUGAUAAGCCAUCGGGAUGCAGCGGCCGGUUGGUUUUCGCUGUCUUUGUGGUUGUAGCUAGUGCGCAGCAAAGGCCCGUUUCCAGGUUUGUGUGGAAGAUCCCGGGAAGCCACGUCCCGAGACCGCCCCUGGGCUUGACGGCCUGCCCGUUUCGAGCUGGCGUCUGUGGGCAGCAGGAGCAACACAAAAAGAAAGUAUGUCAGGCUCUCUGUUCCUCUGACCUCUGUUUCCAAACCUGAACCGACCGAGUCAGGUUGUCUGGGGGCCACGAAAGCGUUUUCAGGAGCAAACUGACAAACGGUCUGUCGAUGUUCCUCUGAGCCCCGUGUGUCAAGGCAGCUCCUUGGUCUUUUCCUGUGUCACUUUUUCAAAUGGGCAGCUUUAUUUUUUUAACCCUUGGUGAGAGCAGCUGCUCCCGAGAGUGGAGAAAAUGAGGCAGACACGGGCCAGGGCAGGGGUGGUGGGGGGCACCUGGAGAGUGAGGGGGGCAGGCACAGAGUCCUUCGUGUGGUAGCUUUCCCAACACCUAAAAUACUUAUUUCAGCCUUAAAGGUCAUUUCUCAACCUCGGUCUGGUUAGGAAAGCAGUGUUGAUCGUGGUUUUUGUCCAGAACAUAUGGACCCGGAAACACGCUCUCUUUCUGUCCACCAUGGAAGGUGAGCGUCCCAUGGGAGGGUGGGCGGCAGUCCCCGCCCUCCAAGCCAGGCCGGGCUGAGCCUGCCAGGGCUGAGGCUUCCGGUGGGGGGCGGGGACACCGGCCACCUCUCCUCCCAGCAGCACUUAGGACCUGGUUGUGCCCUCAGCGCCCCUCCCCCUCUGUCUUUAGAAAGUGUGGCUCUAGCGGGUCGAUGCUAUUUGCUGUCGGAAGAAUGAUCAGGAUUGAAAUUGAUCAAGUUCCCAAGACCGGCACCCCGGGAAUGCAGCCACAGAGAGGGCAGCUGAGGUUUCAGCUGGAAAAGGCAAACACUACAACGGGCACGUCCUUUUCAGAAUUAAACGUGAGUGGUACUUUUCACUUUUCACUUUGUGGCAAGAUCCAAUUAAAGGAUCUGUUGGA